ACUUUAACAUUGGCUAAUAUAUUCAUGUGGAAAUGGCAAAAAGAAUUCGUUCGUCAACAAGAUAUUACUGGUGAAUUAUUUGGCAGAUACAUCGAUGAUAUCUUGAUGACUUGGAAUAAAUCUGAACAGCAACUAACAGAACUAUUGCAUGAAGCUAAUCAAUGGCAUCCAAAUAUUAAAUUAGAUUAUAGAAUUAGUCAAAAUCUCCCAUUUCUGGACGUACUUCUAACUAAUAAUAAUGGUAUCCUUCAAACAUCUGUUUAUCAUAAGCCAACUACUGAACCAUAUGUAGUGCCAUUCACAUCUGAUCAUCAUCCAUACAUCUAUGCCAACAUGAUUCAGACUGCACUAGCUAGAGCAGUUCGAUAUUCAUCAACAUUUGAAGCAUUUAAUCAAGAAAAGCGCCAAAUCAAACUAAUGUUUCUCUACAAUGGUUAUUCUUCGUCAUAUAUCGAAGAUCAAUUUCAUAAAUACUUUCUUGGAUAUAUAAAUGAAGCUGCAUUCAUACCAGUCGUUACUGAGAUGACUCAAUUCUUUCUAUUACGUCAGAAGAUGUUGGCUCAACCCACGGCUCGUCAAACACAGGUGGCAAGAAGUAUAGCAGCAGCAGCAGCAGCUAAUACAACUGACGAACCAUCCGAAGAUUUAACAACAAUAACGCAUGAAAAUGUAGUUCAUUCACGAGAUCGAUCCUUCAUUCAUUAUACACACGAGAAACGAUUCCGUCAAUUCAAACGCGAUAUGCAUCAACUAUAUCAAAACGUAUUCCAAAACACACCAGCUAUAGCUGUGAAAAUGGUAGUUGGUAAUCGCAAUCGUCCAGAUAACACAAAAGAACUUGUGCAUAAACGUCCAAAACAAUUCUUAUUGUCAAACAAGUACAAGAAAAUCAAACAUUUGAAAGUUAAAAAACGACAUCGACAAGUUCGAAAGAGAUCUAAAUGA